GAGGCCGCCGCGGUCGCGGUGGCGGCGGCAGAGGUGGAGGCGGUCGUGGGGAGGUGGAGGUGGAGGCGGCCGCGGCGGAGAACAGCGUUGGUGGGACCCGGUAUGGCGCGCAGAGCGACUGAGGCAGCAGGCUGUCCAGAUGGAAGUGCUUGAUGAGACGGAAUGGUGGGGAAAGAUGGAGGAGAUGAAGAACGGAGCGGAGCAGGAGAUGGUAAUUAAGCGUAAUUUUAGCCGGAAUGAUCAGCAAAUUCUAUAUGACAUGGCUUAUCAACUGGGGCUUUACUUCCAUGCAUACAAUAAAGGGAAGGCUUUGGUGGUCAGCAAAGUUCCAUUGCCGGACUACCGGGCAGAUCUUGAUGAGCGCCAUGGUUCCACACAGAAAGAGAUUAAAAUGUCUACAGAGACUGCCAAUAGAGUUGGGAGUCUUUUGCACAGCUCGCCGUCACAGGGGGAAAUAUCUGUCAAUGGGCCUUCUGGGUCAGGGCAGGGAAACAGACAAACUUCAGCUAGCGUAAUUACGAGUAAACCUGUUGCCCAGUUAGAGCCUGAUAAUGUUAAUGAGAAAGAGAAACUCAGCCUUCAACUUAAGGAGAAACAGGAAAAAAUGAAGGUGAGCAAUAGUUUAAAAGCAAUGCAAUCGUUUCGAGAAAAGCUUCCUGCUUUCAAAAUGAAAUCCGAGUUUCUGAAAGCUGUUUCAGAAAAUCAGGUCUUGGUAGUCUCUGGGGAGACAGGUUGCGGAAAAACAACGCAGCUUCCACAAUUUAUUCUAGAAAAUGAGAUCUCACGUCUGCAUGGUGCUGACUGCAACAUAAUAUGCACACAACCUCGUCGUAUUUCUGCUGUAUCUGUUGCAGCUCGUAUAUCCUCUGAAAGGGGAGAGAAUCUUGGUGAAACUGUUGGUUAUCAGAUCCGUCUUGAAUCAAAGCGCUCUGCUCAAACACGACUGUUAUUUUGCACCACUGGAGUGUUACUUCGACAGUUGGUUCAAGACCCAGAAUUAACGGGCGUGAGCCACUUGCUGGUUGAUGAAAUUCAUGAAAGAGGCAUGAAUGAGGACUUUUUACUCAUAAUCUUGCGUGACCUUCUUCCUCGGCGUCCAGAUCUACGAUUAAUUCUAAUGAGUGCUACCAUCAAUGCUGACUUGUUCUCCAGAUACUUUGGAAAUUCCCCAACAAUACAUAUACCAGGAUUAACUUUUCCUGUGGCAGAGUUAUUUCUGGAAGAUAUUCUGGAGAAAACUCGUUACGCUGUCAAGUCAGAGUUUGACAACUUUGAGGGGGGGAAUUCCAGGAGAAGGAGACAGCAAGAUUCCAAGAAAGAUCCUUUAACUGAAUUAUUUGAGGAUGCCGAUAUUGAUGUUCAGUUCAAAAAUUAUAGCACAGCUACAAGAAAGUCUCUUGAAGCUUGGUCUGGUUCACAGCUUGAUUUGGGGCUGGUGGAGGCGACAAUUGAACAUAUAUGUCGCAAUGAGAGAGAUGGAGCAAUUCUUGUAUUCCUUACGGGCUGGGAUGACAUAUCAAAGUUACUUGACAAAAUUAAGGGAAAUAGAUUCCUUGGAGAUCCCACAAAAUAUAUGGUUCUUCCCCUGCAUGGGUCAAUGCCUACCGUCAAUCAACGAGAGAUAUUUGAUCGUCCUCCCCCUAAUAAAAGAAAAAUUGUGCUAGCAACAAACAUAGCCGAGAGUAGUAUCACCAUAGAUGACGUUGUGUAUGUCAUAGACUGCGGAAAGGCAAAGGAAACCAGUUAUGAUGCUUUAAACAAGUUGGCUUGUCUAUUACCAUCAUGGAUUUCAAAGGCUUCAGCACAUCAGAGGCGAGGGCGUGCUGGCCGUGUGCAACCUGGAGUUUGUUACAGACUAUAUCCGAAAAUGAUCCAUGAUGCAAUGCUCCAAUAUCAAUUACCUGAAAUCCUCCGGACGCCGUUGCAAGAGCUAUGCCUCCACAUCAAAAGUUUGCAACUUGGAGCUGUUGGGUCAUUUUUGGCAAAGGCACUUCAGCCACCAGAUUCUCUUGCAGUUCAAAAUGCAAUUGAACUUCUCAAAACCAUUGGAGCUUUAGAUGACACAGAGGAGCUUACCCCGCUUGGUCGCCAUCUUUGCACGCUACCAUUGGAUCCAAACAUUGGGAAGAUGCUUUUAAUGGGUUCUAUAUUUCAAUGCCUCAAUCCUGCUUUAACAAUUGCAGCUGCUCUUGCUCAUCGUGACCCAUUUAUACUACCAAUAAAUAGGAAAGAGGAUGCUGAUGCUGCAAAGAGGUCCUUUGCGGGUGAUUCUUUCAGUGAUCACAUAGCUCUUGUGAAAGCUUUUGAAGGAUGGAAAGAUGCAAAACAAAAUGGAGCGGGAGCAGGAAAGUCGUUCUGCUGGGAGAACUUUUUAUCCCCUGUAACAUUGCAGAUGAUGGAAGAUAUGAGGAUCCAGUUUCUUGAUCUAUUAUCAAAUAUUGGCUUUCUUGACAAAUCCAGGGGUGCUAAUGCUUACAAUCAAUACAGCCAUGACUUGGAGAUGGUGUGUGCGGUCCUGUGUGCUGGGCUCUAUCCGAAUGUCGUUCAGUGUAAAAGAAGAGGAAAGCGGACAGCAUUCUAUACUAAAGAAGUUGGUAAAGUUGAUAUCCAUCCUGCAUCAGUCAAUGCUGGGGUUCAUUUAUUCCCUCUCCCUUACAUGGUUUAUAGUGAAAAAGUGAAGACAACCAGCAUUUACAUCCGAGACUCUACGAAUUUAUCAGAUUAUGCUCUACUUCUAUUUGGUGGUAGUCUUAUCCCGAGCAAGACCGGGGAGGGCAUUGAGAUGCUUGGAGGUUACCUUCAUUUCUCCGCAUCAAAGAGUGUUCUAGAAUUGAUUCGGAAACUGCGUGGUGAACUCGACAAGCUUUUGAACAGCAAGAUUGACAACCCAGGAUUGGACAUCUCCAGCGAGGGAAAGGCAGUUGUGUCUGCUGUGGUAGAGUUGCUGCAUAGUCAGAAUAUACAAUAUUGAAAACUUUGUUCCUUUCGGACUGUCACGGUUUUGGUAAAAUUUUUGCAGUAAAAUUUUGUCUCCCAUUAUGUAAUGCAGAUGUAAUUUGUUUCGUUUUCCAUUUGAAUGCGCAGCUUAAUUUCUUGUGAUGUCUUUCUUGUAUGACGAGUCUUUAGAAAAAAGUGGCUACGAAGUAAUCGUUUACCAUCA